GUCUCCAGCUACAACUCCUCGUUCAUAUCGUCCCCAUUUGCCACGUGGUUGAACUUUUGUGCACUAUAUAUAUCUAUACUUGCCAAGUAUUAUCCACUGUCUGGCUCUUUUCAACGCCAAUUUCUAUUUGAUUUCUUCCAAGAUUUCAAACUCAUUAGCUAGUUUUACUUUCAUACUCUUUGACCACAAAAAGAGAGCUAUAGCUUGCUGUUGUUCUGCCGGGACUGUUCAGGAGAAGAUGGAAUGUACUGGAGGAUUCCAUGGCUACCGCCAGCUCCCCAACACUGCUAGUUCUGGGCUGAAGUUAACAGAGAUGCACAACAAAAAUCACAUUUCUUCUUCUGAUGGCAACGAGUGCACAGUGAGGGAGCAAGACCGGUUCAUGCCAAUAGCUAAUGUGACCAGGAUAAUGCGCAAGAUCCUUCCCCCUCAUGCCAAAAUCUCAGACGAUGCCAAGGAGACAAUUCAAGAAUGUGUGUCAGAGUACAUCAGCUUCAUAACCGGCGAGGCGAACGAGCAUUGCCAACGCGAGCGACGGAAGACGAUUACUGCAGAGGAUGUGUUGUGGGCGAUGAGCAAAUUGGGUUUGGAUGACUACAUAGAGCCCCUGACCAUAUACCUCCACAGGUACCGCGAGAUGGAAGGGGAGCGAGGAGGGCCGAUAAGAGGGGAGCCGUUGAUGAAAAGAGCAGUGGAGUAUAGGACAUUGGGAGCAGCAGCAUUUCAUAUGGGGCACCACCACCAAGGGUUUCAUAGAGAAGGAGGCAUGGGAGGGUACUUGAAGGAUGCAAAUGGGAAUGUUAAUGGUAAUGGGGUAGGUUCAGCAUCAUCAUCGCAGGGUGCUCUGGCUAAUGGAGGUAAUAAUGGUGAAGCAUAUGCUCAGCAUAAGUGAAAAAAUAUAUGAUGAGAUUUUGGUAUGCUAAUUAACCUGCUGAUCUUGAGACAGUGACUUAGGUUGGUGUUUUGGUGUCAAAAAAUAAUUUUGUUAGCU